AUGUGUGAAACAACAAAUAAACGGCCCUCAGUCUCCGGCAAAUCGAGGGUGCUAAGAAUCCCCGGAGGUGAAACCAAACAACAUUUAAACAUCGCAACAUGGAACGUGCAAAGCCUAUUUGAAGCUGGUAAAUUAGCCAAUACAAUUAAAGAGAUGAAACGUUUAAGCACCAAUGUUCUCGGUGUAAGCGAAACAUGGUGGCCAGAUGUGGGAGAAUUUCAUUCAGAAGAAACAAAAGUUUAUUACUCGGGAAACAAAUCGACAAGACACAGGCAAGGUGUAGGAAUAAUUGUCUCAAAAAAUGUAAUAAAAUCUGUUCAACAAUUCAUCCCUUUCUCAGAUAGGGCGUUGUUACUCAAAAUAAAUGCUAAACCAAUUUCUAUAAAUAUAAUUCAGGUCUACGCUCCUACAGCUGACAGCAGCAAUAGUGAUAUCGAAAGUUUCUACAGUGAGAUUUCGGAAUUAUUAAAACUUACCAAGAGACACGAAAUGAACAUCAUCAUGGGCGAUUUCAAUGCAAAAAUUGGCACCGGAAAAGUAGAAAAUAUUGUUCGUCCAUUUGCUUUAGGAACCAGAAAUGACAGAGGUGAACGUCUUAUACAAUUCUGUCAAGAAGAAGACUACAAAAUCACAAAUACCUGGUUCUCUUUACCGCCUAGAAGGUUGUAUACGUGGAAAUCUCCCCAAGAUACUACAGGAAAUAUAGUGCGAAACCAAAUAGAUUUCAUUUUAAUUAAUAAAAGAUUUAGUACAUCCGUAAAAAGCGUGUCUACUUAUCCAGGAGCUGAUGUUCCGUCAGACCAUAAUCUACUUUUGGCUAAGUUCAAAAUUAAAUUAACCGUAACCAGACCGCAGCAACCGCGGAAAAAACAGCUAGAUCUAGAUAAACUUCAAAAUAGUGAGACAGGAGCACAAACCGCUUUAGAGAUAGCUCGACUUAGAUCUCUCAACGUAGGAAGUACUAACAUUGCACUAUGGAAUCAAACCAAAGAAAUUUUAAACAGCACUUCUAAAAGAAUACUAGGUUACAAGAAUUUCACCCCAAAACAAAAGUGGAUGACAGAAGAAAUAUUUAACUUAAUGGAACAAAGGCGAAAAUAUAGAGGCAAGAAUGAUGCUACAUACAAGCAAAUACAUCGCUGCAUAAGAAGAAAAAUAAGACAAGCGAAAAGCGAAUGGCUCACUCGAGAGUGCGAAGAACUAGAAAGACUUCAACGCACCCAUGAUACUUUUGCAUUACAUAAAAAGAUUAAACAAACUGCUGGCAUCUACCGAUAUAACAUUUCAUGA